UUUACCGAACCCACUAAUGCAUCGUCAUCGUAAGCUGUUGACAGCAAUUACUGCGUUGGCUGUGAGUUGUGGCCCACCGAUUGCCAAAUUUAAGAUCGAAUUAAGAAGUUACCAAAUCCAUUAAGAUUUUCAGUCUUAUUUUUAACCUAGCUGUUCUUUACUCUUUAUAGGGAAGUACUCCUAAUGAGUGAAAUCUACCUUUCUGGGCAUUUGUAAAAACUUUCAACAGAUUGGCUAAAUUUUAACCUGGUAUGAAAUUAUCCAAUUGAUCUCUCUUCUGUUAGACGCACAAUGACAGGUGAUGGACGCUUUUCCUAGUAAUUCUUGCCAGUACUUUCCUUUCAUUUGAAAUUUGCAUUAAAAAAAACUUAUGUGCUAGUUUUGAGCCGUGGAGCGGUUAAAGCUCGUAGGCGCCUCACUUCCAUCGACUGCAAAAAAACAAAAGGAUAGCUCUCGACACGCCAACACAGUCGACGGGGAGCUAUAUCUGUUGUUAAAUACAAUACCGAUUAGAGAAAUCAUCACUGAAUAAGUCAAAAUCGUUAAAAACACCUGCAGUGUUUUACCUAAGGAGAGGCAAACAAAACCGUGUGACAUGGAAUUCUCCGCAGCAGAACAAAAUCUCACAACCGUUCCUCCUUCGAUUGGCUCAACCAAAGAUAGUGGUUGCUUUCAUCUUCCAGAUCCAAAGUUUGACGAGUUCUACCAUCGUAGAACCACUAACCUAGUGACAGCUGCAAUGAACGCGAUUUUAUCGCCGUUUGCUGUGGCAGCUAAUUUCCUGAUGGUUUUCAUUAUCUGCAAAACGUCUUCUCUCCAUUCACCAUCGAACUUGCUGCUAGCCUGCCUUUCCAUAUCAGACAUUUUUGUUGGCCUCGUUCUGCAACCCAGUUAUGUUGCGUAUAGACUGCUAGAAAACCAGCAUGGAUUUGUCCCUUGUUCCGUCAGGAUGUUAUACUCAACAGGAUUCUACGUGUAUUAUGGUGUGUCGUUUAUGACGUUAUGCACCAUUGGGUGCGAAAGAUUACUUGCUCUGCUCUACCAUCUCCGAUACCCUCAAAUCGUCAGCCAGGAUCGUGUAAUGAAAGUAGUUUCAUUAUUAUGGUUUGUUAAUAUAUCCUUAACUUUUCUGCAAUGGGCUCAUAACUAUACUUUUCGAACAAUUCAUCUUGGAUUGUGGGUUGCAUCCCUUCUCAUCGCGGUUGCCACCCAAUGUAGAAUUAUUCCUAUAAUAAGGCAUCACCAGAGGCAAAUUCGAAAUUUAAACCAGACACAUUGGCGCGGUCGCCAAAUGCAAAUCAAGCUCGCGAUAAACAUUGCAUCCAUAUUAGCGGUAUACUUUGUGCUCAACCUGCCAGUGCUUGUCAUUACCAUAUCUCACCAAGUAGCAUCUAAACAGAUUACUAGCUACAACCUAUACAGUUGGGCUGAGACGGUAGCGUUCAUAAAUUCAUCUGUCAAUCCGCUGGUUUGCCUGUGGAGAGUGAAGUCCAUUCGAAAUGAGAUAACAGGUUUAAGAAUUUGGAAGAGGUUGCAGCUGGCAAGACAUAGAUUCAAAAAAGACAAGACGCCUGGGGUGAUACCUCUAGAUAAGAACCUUGUCUUGGUCAGAUUUCGACAAAUUACGGCCCUUUAAUCUUUAAGCACCAACUUCAGUCCACAUGACUACAUAGCAAUAUGCCGAUAUGAACUUAACCCUUUAUACCCUGUUAUCUGAAUACAAAUUCUCCAUACUGUUCU